CAACAUCCAGCAGCCCACGCCGGUUUCUAGGCAACGUAAAUAAAUCCUGCAGUUUACCAAAAAGCGCCGCCACAUAACGUUCAGUCGGAUUCGUUGUUGCUUGGAGACGAGUGAUUAGUUUUAAAGCCCGAGUUAGCGUACGUCGACGCUAACCGCAGCUUUACUGCAGCCAAGACAAUACGAAAAGGAACCGUGGUGGCACCGCUGCGUGCUCUCGCCUGUCCCCCAGUCCUUCGGCGCAACGUGCUGCUAAUGAACAACCGAUAGCGUGCCGCUAUCGGCUCCGUCCAAACGGCCACAUGGGGCUUCUUGACAAGCUUGCGGGAUGGCUCGGCCUGAAAAAGAAGGACGUAAACGUGCUGUGCUUGGGUCUGGACAACAGCGGGAAAACCAGCAUCAUCAACCAACUAAAGCCGUCCAAUGCACAGGCCCAGGACAUCGUCCCCACCAUUGGCUUUAACAUAGAGAAGUUCAAGACAUCAAGUCUGUCAUUCACAGUCUUUGACAUGUCAGGCCAGGGUAGAUACAGAAAUCUAUGGGAGCACUAUUACAAGGAGGGUCAGGCCAUCAUAUUUGUAAUUGACAGCAGUGAUAAGUUGAGAAUGGUGGUGGCCAAAGAAGAGCUGGACACCCUCCUUAACCAUCCUGAUAUCAAGCACAGGAGAAUUCCCAUCCUCUUCUUUGCUAAUAAGAUGGACCUGAGAGAUGCGCUGUCCUCGGUGAAGGUAUCUCAGCUGCUCUGCCUAGAGAACAUCAAGGACAAGCCCUGGCACAUCUGCGCUAGUAACGCUGUCCAGGGGGAAGGCCUGCAAGAGGGAGUCGACUGGCUACAAGAUCAAAUCAAGACAAUGAGAACGUGAAGCACUCCUAGCAAAAGGAGGAGAAGCGCCACCGCUCACGGCCAUGACAGCGUCGACGUCACGGCCGCCAGCACGAGCUCAACCCCUCCUGCCCCCGCAGCCGUCAAAUUAAGCCUGACCUAUGACCUUCAACAUGUGGGCGUAAUGGACCGUCUGUAGCAACCUGCGCGCAAAAGCUCAGGCUUUGGUAGUGUAAGAUGCCGAGGCCCUUACACCUCAUGUCUUUUGUGCCAUCUUAGAUGGUCUGCCUUUAUAAUAGGCACCCAGAAAGGUCAGACUUUCUAGUUUUGCUAGCGGCUCUCAAAAUGUAAUGAAUUUGCAACUGCUUUUAUGCCUCAGCCAAAAAGCACACUCCCCGUAAUAUCAACUCAUUUGGCUGCCAGACAAGAAACUAAUCAAAAACUCAUCAAAAUAAGGCAAACUCGUGUCCUUCGUCUAGUCUGGCAUUCUUUUUCCAGACUCUGGCGUCACACUGCCCGGUGUGGUGUUCGGUGGUGUUGGCACGUGCUGGAGCACAAAAAACAUGAAUGUGUGCAGGGCAGCAGGGAGCCAGCAGAGAAUGUGUGUGGUUGCUCAGGGGAGCAAAAUGUUCAUCACAUCCCCACAGGAAACAUUUUCCUUCUGUUUUUUCCCUUUGUUUUCAUUUGUGUGAACAAGGAUUUAGAAAAGGUCUGAUUGUGCUACUGUGUUUACAGCUGAGAUUAGUUCUAGUGUAUUUACAGUACAUAUAUAAAAAAAUAUAUAUAUAUAAUAUAUAUAUAUAU